AUGUUCUUCUAUUCGCCUAAUCAAUUACCAUUUUUGCUUCGUCGAAUAUCGUCUACAGCAGAUCGUCAUCGUGAUAGUAUUGCACGUUCAGCUCUACGUUUUGAUCAGUCAUUAAUAGGAAACCAAAUUAACGCGCAUUAUAAUCAAGUCAUCGAGAUUCGUAGCCCUGAAUUUUUUGAUUUGCGUGAAAGUCAGCGGAGAAAAUCAAGAUCCAGUUUUGCUCCUAACUCGGUGGUUUUUGAUUUGCCUGAGACUCAUCGGAGAAAGUCUAAAGCGAAGUCGAUAGUCUUCGACGGUCAUAUCAUUAAAGGUAGUUACUAA